CAGUCGUCGAGUUGCUCGAGUUGCAAUCCGUAAGCGUUUUCCAUCGCCCAUGACUUCGAUGGAGGCAAACCACCGCCGCAGCGCCGCAAUCACCCUGCCUCAGCUCGGGUACGAUGUGCUGCUGCAAAUACUAACACGCCUCUCGCCCGUCGCCCUUGGCCGGUUAGCGCAAACCUGCCAAGAAAUGUCGGGUCUGACGCGCGAUGAGACCCUGUGGAUGCGACUCUGCGAGGCGGAUUUCCGGGUGAUGCCUUCGCAGACAUUCCGCAACUUCGGGUGGAAGACGCUCUAUUCGCGCCUCGCUCACCCGGCUGUCUUCACCUGGGGUGAAUCGCAGAGCGGCGUUCGGGCUGGUCCUAUAAACGUUCCUGGCCGGGUGGCUACCCUCAACCACAGCGGCAUCAGCCAAAUCUGCUGUCUGGGCUGGUCGAUGCUGGCCUUAUCCCGCGAUGGGCGGGCUUACCUUUGGGGCACCCUGAAUCCAGAAGGCGGCUGGGAUUCAGACGGCAGUUGGAACGGCCGAAGCACACGUCCCUUUCCCUUUCCGACGGAGGUCGACACCGGCCUUCAAUUUCCGGGGGACAGGAUCGCCCAGAUUGCGGGGUCUCGCGGCUUUGGAGUUCUCCGAAUGGACUCGGGGAACGUGCUGGCCCUGACCGAGAUGGAGUCUGCCAAAGGCUUGAAGGUGCUCUCGCAGCAGCACACGACGGAAUUGGGGCGGGUGACGCGGGUCGCGGCCGGCUGGACCCACGCUCUGGCGCUCACCGACCGAAACAAGAUCCUCGAGUGGCAUGCGGGGCGUAACUAUUCGUUCGAUCUCAAGGUCAACGACGACCACGACUGGGUUGGGGUGGCAGGAGGGGAGGGUUUUACAGUGGGUUUGACGCGAGCGGGGGACGUUUAUAAAUGGCAGGAUGGUCACGACAGCCGGCCGGUUCUCGACACAGAGAUCAGCGGGCGUGGGUACACUCACAUCUCAGCAGCGUUCCGCCACCAUGCCCUCUUCCGCCGCGGUAAGAAAGGCGAUCCCUCAAAGGUCAGCGUAUUCUCGACGGCGGAAGGCAAAUACUCCCCCGUAUCGCUCCCCGACGACGCACCCGCUGGCGAUCAGAUUGUCGAGAUAUCCUUUGGCGACUGGCACGCCGCCAUACUUACUCAACAGGGCCAUGUAUACACGUGGGGCGGAGAUGGCGGUGGUCAACUUGGCCAAGGGACGCACCGUCAAAACGUGUUAUCGCCAAAACUUGUCGAACAGCUCAGAGACGAUGGUUGGUUUGUCUUCCAGAUAGCGUGCGGCGGGUGGCACACUGCUUGCCUGGCCGUCAGAUUGCAGUAGGGAGGUUGAUUCAUAUCUUAGGUAGUUCGCAUCUCUGCGAAGACAUCGAUCCCGGGUAGGCUAUGUUGUGUAGGAGAAUUAGCAGUUGACGUAGUUCUCUUGGCAGGUCGCUGAUAUCACAUUGACGAACAAGCAAUACGUGGCUGUCGCGGCGGGCCCCCAAACAGCCCGGGUAUGCAAAAACCUUCGAACCACUGUGUGCAGUUGCAGAUCACGAAUGGCAGAACUUAGAAACGGUACUCGAUUCACGGGGAAACCUAUCACUGAUCGACGAUACCCUUGAAGUACUCAACCAACCCAAUAUAUCCAUUGGGCCGAACGCAGGGCCGAACGACUACGACCAAG